CGAUGUUGGACACGAUACUACCGCGGCUGAAGACAGGAGAGCUGGACAGACCGGCCAUCGGUCAGCGAGUGCGGCUGAGUGAGGGAGACAUACGGCAAGCCAACCUUCUCUACCAGUGUCACGCGUGCGGCCGGACGAUGCAAGCGUCUACAGGUAACUUCACAUCACCCGUCGGCCUGUCCGCACCGAUCGUAUGUCAGUGGCGCAUCUCAGCGACGAUGGGAGAGACGAUUGUUCUGGCGAUCACACGGCUGGACCUGCCGCGUGACUGCAGCGAUGCCUACCUGGAGAUACGCGACGGCUACUGGAAGAAGUCACCGCUGCUGGCGCGUUUCUGCGGCACGGACGUUCCGCAGACUCUGACGUCACUCACCAAUCGGCUUCUCAUUGAUUAUCACACGAGCAAGUCUAUCUCUGGCUUCGACGGGUUCGAGGCUAGCUAUGAAGCUGUGUGUGGAGGAGAGAUCACGGCUGACGAGGGAGCGCUGCAGAGCCCCAACUACCCGGACGACUACACGCCCGACAAACACUGCGUAUGGAAGAUUACCGUCGCAGUGGGAAGCCAGGUGGCGCUCAAGUUCCAGUCGUUCUUUGUGGAGUCUCACGAUGACUGCUUGUACGACUACGUUGAGAUUCGUGAUGGCCAUGAGGACGACUCAGAGCUGCUAGAGAAGGAUGAGUGCGCACAGGGAGACCAUGGCUGCCAGCACGCGUGCGUCAACACGCUCGGCUCCUACCGCUGCGAGUGUCGCAUCGGCUUCGAACUGCACUCUGACGGCCGUCGCUGCGAAGACUGUGAGUACGACUGGGUGGAGGUGAUCAGCGAGCUCUCGCCAGACUCAACCAGUCGAUCUAAGGACGGCAGCGUCUCGCUGCAUGGCGUCUACUGCGGACGCGGGCUCCCCGCACGCCAGGUUCUUCCCGAAGUCGUCACGUCCGUCAGCAACCGCCUGCGCGUAGAGUUCAACUCAGACAAGUCCGUGCAGAAAAGCGGAUUCGCCGCCGUGUUCUUUAUCGAUAUGGACGAGUGCGCCAUUGACAACGGCGGUUGCCAACACGUGUGUAAGAACACGAUCGGAUCGUAUGCCUGCGAGUGUCACAACGGCUACACACUACACGCAGACGCUCACGGCUGCAAGGAAGGUGGCUGCCAUCAUCGCAUCACAGCUCCCACAGGUGAGAUAAGCUCACCCAACUGGCCCAACUACUACCAGAGUCGCAAGGACUGUGAGUGGUAUCUGGUGACUACGCCUGGACACCGAGUGAAACUGGCGUUUGGUUUCUUUGAGAUGGAGCCGCAUCAGGACUGUGCGUACGACCACAUCACGCUCUACGAUGGUAACGCGACAGCGGCGCAGACGCUUGGACGGUUCUGCGGCAGCAAGAUCCCUCAUCCGAUCGUAUCCAGCGGCAACCGCCUCCUAGUCACCUUCCACUCUGACGCGUCCGUGCAGCGUCGCGGGUUUCUUGCCCGCCACGUGUCCG